UGCACUGAGUGGAGCGGAUCACCACUCCAAGAUGGCGGCCCCGCGUCUCGUCAGCGCCAGUAGGCAGUAGCGCUCGAUGCUGCGUCUACUUAUAAGAUGUCUAUGGCCAUUACUAUUUUCGCCUUCACGUUCAUUGGCUACAGACAGUGUGCGGGUCGUGUCUAUGUUGCUUGGGUCUAUUGCAUUCGGCUAGCAGCUAACGCUAUUUUGUUGACAUAAUCAUCUAUUCCAUUGAAAACAACACAAAGUGUCGCUUCGCUGGAUGAUUUUACGUAUAACGUGGAAGGUGUGGUGCAUCGCAGCUUCCUAACAUGGAGAUAGUGACUGGAAACCCUCCUUCAGCUGUGUGGAGAUGACCUGCCACCCUUUUAGGAAUGGUCAGAAUGGGGCCAGAUGUGCCCCUUCUCAAUGAGUACAAGCAGGAGUUCUUCUGGAAGCGUUUUCCCCAGACAGUGUUGGGGGGUCCACGCUUUAAGUUGGGCUACUGCGCUCCACCGUACGUCUACGUCAAUCAGGCCGUCCUCUUCUUGACGCCAUGGCUGUUCGGGGGCGUUGGCACACUCCUCUGCCAGUUGCAGCUGCUUCAGGCGGUCUAUGCCGCACUUCUAUCCGGCGUGCUGAUGUUCGGAGCGGCGGCGGGCGUCCAGGCUGUAGCGUUGUAUGCUGGACGACAGAGCGGCGCAGUGGAGAGGCUUGGUGCGCCCAACAUCCUAGUUGAUGAAGAGGAAGUGGAAUUCACACACUGCGCCAGCCCCGAGACAGUCCGAUUUAUUGCCCCCGGUAAGAGAUUUGGGCUGAAUGUGGUGUUGCAUACAGUACUGGCAGGGCUGCUGUGUGGGUUUGGGACAUGGUACGUGCUCCUUGGCAGACUGACUGCUCUCUAUGGCAGCAUUGGUGUGUCCUUGGUUGUUUUUGUUCUCAGCUGGGUGACUCUGUGUAUAGCAGAGUACUCCCUUGUUGUAAAUACUGCCACCGAGACGGCUACUUUCCAGGCACAGGACACUUACGAGAUUACCCCACUCACGCGACCCCUCUACAUUUUCAUCUUUAUUGUUGUGGACUUGGCAGACAGGUUCUCAGGUACAGUUCCUGAGCUCCAGCUUGCCAGCCAAAUUCUUCAUGUGCUUUUUCUCUUCCUACCUCUGCUGUGGGCACUCGGAAUACUUCCUCCUCUGGACGCCUUGUUCCUGUGGGGUAUGGAGCAGGUGCUUGUGUUCGGAUUAGGAGGCUCCCCAAUGUCAAGCAACUUCAGGCUGCUGUUGAUGUUUGCUGUGUCUGCUGGCGUCAGCGUGUGCAAUUACUUCAUCCCAUCAACACUGGGAGUUGUCCUCUUCUCCACUGCGACGGGAUUCCUGCUGAGCUUGGACCUCAGCCAGGUUGGCACGCUCUGCCAUGCUUGCAGGGCUGAGUGUAGAGACUGUGGAUUGCGCAGAGGGGGGUCGCCGCCUCCGCCUCUUUCCAACACCUUUGGUUGGAAUCUAGGCUGCUCGGAGGUGUUGCUGUAUCUGAGCCUGCUACUGGCGGCCCUAGCUGAAGCAGGCCUUUUGCAUCACUUCCUUGCCCCAGCCCAGCCCCCGAUUUUGAUCAAGGGACCCCAGGCUCCUGUCAGCUACAUCCUCCUGGUCAUCUUCUCAUUCUGCUGGGUUCUCAGAGAGAUCCAGGGGGCCUAUGUAUUUGGAGGGUUAUUUCUCAAUCCACUUUACCCUAAAGGCAUGUCCAAUGUGCAGACUUUUAAGCAGAAAAAUAGAGGAUUAUUCAUUGCUGCAGCCAUCAGAAGAGUCCUUCUUUAUCUUGUGUCUCCAUUUGCAUUGAUUGCUUUCCUGUCUAUGGACAAAUCUCUGCAGCAGCUCCAUGGGGUUUCUCUCAGUGUGGGGUUCACUCGAGCCUUCAGAGUGGCGUGGCAGAGCUCAGAGGAUGCUUUACUACAAAUAAUUGUGAUCAUCAUCGUGCGUCUCGCAGCUGGAAACAACACACUACCUGGGUGGGACAACCUGGGUACUGGAGUUCAGCUUCUACUGGUUGGCCUCCUGAUGGACAGACUGACACAGUUCCUGGCCAAGUUGAAGUUCACCCUUACUGUGUUGGUGACAUCUUGGACGGAGAAGAAGCAGCGUCGCCAGUCUGCAGGAACUCUCCUGGCUCUGAACGCUUCCCUAUGUCCUCUCCUGUUGGCCGUGGUGACCUUGUCUGCCCUUCUCUCUGCACCCCUGCUGCCCCUUUUUACCCUGCCCAUCUUCCUGGUUGGCUUCCCCAGGCCCCAGCGCAGUUGGCCAGGACCCGUAGGUACCGCCUGUCCUUGCUCUGACUCCAUCUUCUACCAGCAAAUGAGCGGGAGUUUGGCUUCUGCCCUGAGGAUGGCCUUUGCAAGAGGGUCUCUUGGUUCUUUAGCUCCUGGUUCUCACUUUCUUGGGCGAUUCCAAGACCGCAUGGUUUGGAUCAUGAUUCUGGAGAAGGGAUAUGGCUACUGCACCGUCAACAUUAAGGGCUUGGAGUUACAGGAGACCUCUUGCCACACUGUAGAAGCGAGGCGUGUUGAUGAGGUUUUCGAAGCUGCUUUCGAGCGCCCGGAGCGGCUUGGUUUUACACAAGGUUUAAACCUGCACUGGGCCAACGCUCUCACUCCUUGUGCAGCACUGGCUGUCCGGGUCUACUCGGACGCCCGGAAUGUCCUCUCGGGCAUCAUAGACUCUCACGACAACUUGAGGAAGCUUCAGGAUGAUUUUCUGAAAGCCCUGGUGUGGCUGCUUCUGCGGUAUUGCGUUAGGAAGCAUAAAGGAUCUCUGUGGAGCUGCGAUGAGGGGACUGGAAUUGGAGGCAGAAAGUCCCAGUCCUCCCAGAGGGCACAGACUACAGGCAACCAGCUGCCUGAUGCCAUUGUGGUGGAGUCCAAAGUGUCUUCUCUCCGGUUCAGACAGGAUAGCUCGAGCUUGACGUCUCUUGGUGACUGGUCAGAUGAGGAUGAUCUAUUUGGGCAUCAACCAGCCAGGCGGACAGUGGCCUUAGUGACGGCAGAGGCCCAGUCUGGACACACCGUGUUGCAGACAGGAGCCUCUCUUCCAGGCUCUGUAGAAAUGGACAGUAUUUUUGAGAAUAUGGCCAUCUCUGCCCUGCAGCCUUUACAGCCUCUAGGAGUUGGUAUCGGCAUGCCAGCGGUCGAUAAAGGUCAUAACCCCGAGGUCUUCAAAGAGAGUCCCGGCUCUCUCCGCCAGCUCAACUUUAGUUGCCCCCAGUCAGAGGUGUUCAACCUCCCGACAGGAUGGAGGACGGCGCCAUUGCUGCCCAGCCGACUGCUGCAGCUAAGGCCUUUAUUCCCGGAGGACUGGUUCAGGUUUGCCUUGAGCCAGUUGGGGCCCGUUGUGCAGAGCGAGACCUCUGAGGACAUGACCAAAGCUUUGAAGGAAGACGAAACUUUGAGAGACCUCCACACUCAGGUGGCACUUUCGUGUCUGGUGUCGCUAGGCGCUGAGUCCGCCUUCACCAGUCCCAGUUACAUCUACAGGCUCUACUGCGGCGACGUGCCAUGGACAGAGGGACUGGAGUGGCUCUCCUCCAGUAAAGAACUGUAUCAGCUCGCACUUAGGGCCUUCAGGUUUAGCUUCAAGCUUCUGUUUGAUCAAGCAAGCCUUGGGCCCAUGGAGUCUCCUGAAGAGAUGUUCAGUGCCUUGGAGGAAUAUGAGCGUGAUUGGUACAUAGGAUUAGUGUCAGAGAAAGGUUGGCAUGACAGUGUCCUUCAGGAGAAGCCAUUCCUUUUCUCUUUAGGACACGACCUCUCUAUGGGCACCUACACAGGGCGAGUCCUUUCCUUGCAGGAGCAGCUGGUUCAGGUGGGUCGACUGAAUGGCGAGGGGGUGCGAGGCCAGUGGGCAAACCUGUCCUGGGAGCUCUUGUAUGCCACCAACGACGACGAGGAGCGUUACAGCAUCCAAGCUCACCCUUUCAUAUUAAGGAACCUAACUGUACAGGCAGCAGACCCACCUCUGGGGUACCCCAUUUACUCCUCUGCUCCCCUUCAUUUCCCCUGCCUCUGACAGCACUUUUUACUUCACAACCACAAGAUUUCAUGUUUUUAGGAAAUCUGAGACAAACUUAAGACAACAGGGAUCAUUUUGGUUGUUUUUU